CUUGACCUGACUCUGGCGCGUAGUGCUAGCAUCGCCGUGGUGGUGGGAGUUGAGAGGAGACGUGCAAAGUGCCCAAAUGCAGCGCGACGCCGGCGCGUUUGACGCUCGCCGGGACUUGCCGAGCAGGGGAGAUCACAUCUUGUCUCCGGCGCUGAUGAGCCAAUGUCCAGUAUACUCAUCUCCAGAUUCUACGCGCAUCAUCUGGCAGCUAUUGAAUCUAUACAGCCAUGACGGGUCUAAUGGGCGUUCCAUCAACCACUGCCGCCACGUAUAAGAGGUACUGGACCGCGUAUGUCAGCAUCUGUCGCAAGGGGAGCUUGCGUCUAUAUCCCUGCUCUGCUCUUCCCUCCACCAGACAGCCGUACGUCUCCUCUACCGAGAUGUACAGGUAUCCUCCGCGGCGGGGAACAUGUCCCUCGUCAUGACACUUGCCCGGCGACCUCAGCUCGCACAGCAUGCGCGUAGCUUCUGCAUCACUGGUGCGUCUCACGCGCCCCCACUGCGACCCUUCUACGAAUUGGUCGCCCGCGUUCUACGAACGAUGCCUUGCCUCACAUCCCUCGAUCUCGCGCUCGAUCACCGAGCGUCCUGGGUUCUAGCGGGCUGCGCGCUACCACAUCUCCUUCGCUUUCGCUGCACAUUUGUCAUGGACGCGCACGUCGCAUCCUUCCUGUGCACGACACCUCUUCUGCGCGAUCUCGAAGUCCACUCGCUGGCGCCGGACGCGUUCGAGAAGCCCGUCACUCUUCCCGAGCACGCACUGCCGCGCUUGGCGUCAUUUACGGGCUCGUGCACUGCCGCCCUCGCCAUCAUCCCCUCCCGUCACGUCUCAAGUGUUCACCUAGCCAGCGGUGAUUGCACGCCCGACGUCGUCGCACGUCUCGCGGGCUCGCGUUCACCCAUCCAGCAUUUCACCGCGCAGGCCACCUCCCCACCGAUCGCGCUUCUGCCGCACUUCGCGCAACACAUGCCGCAGCUGCUCUAUCUGCGCCUGGAUACGAAUGACUUCGUUCUGGAUCCAGGAGAUGUCGGCCUGUACGAGGGCAUCGUAGAUGAACUGCCAGCGCUGCGCGCGUUGAGAGCCUUCGAGCUGUCCGGCAUCUAUUGGCCCUCUUCGGAGAAGGAGACGGGUGCGCGAGAAUGGAGAUCGCCUCUAUUGACGAUUUCGGAGGGGGAGAGCGAUAGCGCAGAAGCUGAACUGCAGUCGGAGCUUCUGUGGGCGUAUUACUGACACGCUGUAUUCUUUGUCAUCCAGGACGCUGGAUCCUUUGACGACGUUACACAGUACUCACGCAGUCGAUAUCUCGAACGCUAUAUGUAUUUACUCUGCCUCCCAUUACUGUAGCGAUGUAGAACAAUAUACCCAUGUAACAGUAUAGCUCUAGCGCUACUAGGAAUCCUCUGAACGACUCCUUCAAGCAGAACCAAUC